GGCCGCAGUAGUUUGACGGGUCCUGCCGGUCGAUCAGCUGAUAUUCCGGCAGCCAGAGUUCUUUGUUGGCCGGCUUUGAAGCAACAUCGUCGCCUCGGGCAGCUCCGGAACCGUUCCGUACGAGAAAAAAAUGCGAAGAGGGCUAUGAAAAUCCAGCAAUUGAAUGAAAAUCUUAACUGCACAUUUUGACAGCCGCUUUUUGAACGAGAAAAAUUGCCAAUCGUCAUGUUCCGGAGCAGUUUUCAGGAGGAACGGGUCGCUAAAGACGCCUCCAAACUGCAGGCAGUCUUCACUAAACUGUCCGGGGUUCUGCCCCGGGCCGAGGACUUUCAGGGCAACAACAUCCCGAAAAUUAUGUCCUCUGAUAUCAUCGAGUCCGUGCUGGCUGACACUCCCGUACCUGUUCCGACAAACACCUGGCCGAACGACCCGUUCUGUAACUCCGAACAUUAUCAGCCGGCACCACCUUCGCCUACUCCCAGCUUCGGCGAUGACACACCCCUGAGCGAAGACGUUGUGUUCAAUGUUGCCACCCUUACCCGUCGCUUAGCCCAAGAGCUGCGCGCAGCUAAAAAGAGCCACCUCUCCUGCGGAGAGGUCCAUCUGCCUUGUGGGUUGCUUCGAAGGGUGGCUCGCGAUAUAUCUUCCAUGGCGGAAUCGGAACCCUGCGGACUGCGCGGGUGUCACAUUUAUGUGGUUUUUGAGCCCUACGGAGCCCUGCCAUCCACCAGGAUCGCCAAGAUCGAAUGCGAUCCUGGCACAGCCUGCACUUUCGAAUUGUACCUGACGCUUAAGCAAAGUUCCACCGGGUGGAACUUUUUUCCGCAGUUUUUAAGAAAUCUCACGAAAGGCGGCAUAGUCGUUUUGAGCCCUGCCUACACUUUGAGCAAGAAGAAACUAUACCGUUCCUACGUGGACCAGAUCCAGCCAGACAAAUGAACGACGAUUGAUGAUCCGUAAGACUGAUUUUGAAUGAAUUCCUCACGAGUGUUUGACAAAAGUAAAACCGCAUUUUCUCAACGCGGACACAUAUUUUCUUGAAGGAUUUACUUGUACCGGAAAAUCCGCCUGAGUAUUUUGCACGCACGAUGCAGAAACUUUCGAUUGUUUUUCUUCAAUCUCCCUCCUGCAGCGUUUACGCUGCUUACGUAUUUUGCAGCUGCUGAUCGGCAUUUUACCGUGCACAUUAAAGUAACCUUUAAGGGAAAACUGGGUGUUUUAUUCAUUUCUCUUCGGGUGGCAACAAGAAA